AUGUCAUUCGAUAAAAACAAUCGAGUCUCGCGCGACAGACAACCGUCACCUUUCCGACGCGCCUCGAAAUUCGACCAUUACGAUAUACCCACGAAGCUCCCAUCACCUCCUCAAGAAGAUGGUCCGCAUCCACGACACGCUAUUCGCCCAAGAUCUCUAGCCGAUGCGUAUCGAGACGCAUCAAAACGCACCAUGUCCGCCACAUACGACGAGGAAUACAACUUUGUGACAUCACCAAGCCCGCGAUCGAAGCGGCAGCCGAAUAACGCGUUCUCGCCAAUAUCUCAGACUUCUCCUCCUCCCAAAGAACUUGAGGAUGCAUAUAGGCGAAUUAAUGAAGAUGACGCUCUAGCCGAUCUCGUUCGCGACUAUGAAUGGGAGCCGCAGUACAGUGCACGCUCCGGAAGCCGAAGUCGCCCCCCGUCCUCCCGAGCAAGGGACACAAGCAACGGCAGGGGAUCUGCCAAUGGACGACCCUUCUCCGAGGCAGGUUUUGGCGAUGAACUCGGCGACUACCGAACCCGCAAGAGCAGGGACUAUACCAAGGAUGAAGAGCGCCUAAAGCGCGUCACAGGCCAACGCUCGCCGGUCUUCAGCAGGGCUCAGGUCGGAAGAGAUGCCUUGACGGCAGAUAAUUUGAGAAGAAGAAUGGAAGACAAAAAUGAGGUGGAUCAUCCUGUGCCAGAGACUGACAGGAAUGGUGUUCCUUCCCCGAAUAUACCCACUGGCUGGGGUCACCGGGCAGGUCACCGACAAGAAUGGGAGAGAAAGCCCAGCCAGAGAAGUGUCUCCGAAGAAGAAGAGGAAAAAGCGCGUCGACGCUGGUCACCAGCUGCGGAAGGAAAUCAAUCCCCCAAGCCUACGCGUACCUCUCCUCGUUCUCCGGCGCGGAGCACACUUUCUGCUAGAAACGCGCUCGAAGAACGCACUGCCAAUCCGUAUAUGCAGGCAACGCAGGAGGACUUCCGUGAAACGCAGUCUGGUCCAAAGCUGAUCUCACCCACUAGUGGUGGUGAACCAAUUCCCAAUUCACCUAUCACAGUGUACAAAAACUCGUCAUUCGCGAGGCCCAGCCCCAGCAAACGUGACUCCCGGGAUCUACUACGCAAACUUUCCAGGACUGAAAACACAAAAAUUGAUCAUGUCCAGACUCCCCAACCACUCAAAUUGUUUGAAAGCAAAAUCUAUGAUAAAACCCCUCGGGUAACUGGCGCAUGGAUCGAUACUCCUAUGACCCAACGGGUGACUGAGAAGAUCGAGCUUCCCGAAGAUCUGACUAAAGACAUCAUUCCUCCACGCAUAACGGAUGAGGCCAAUGAUAUUGCACCCGCUACAAAACCAAAGGAUGUCAAAUCAAAAGUCGAGGAACAGAAGCCAGCGCAGACCAUCGAGAAAGAGCCCCUUCCUAAAUCAAUUGCAGGGAAGGAGUCAAGGCCCCCGUUGCAGCGACCUCAUCUACCUAAGAGUGCCUUGGAGACGGUCAUUGAGGAUGCUAGCUCAGGCAAAGAUGUCGAGUUCGGAGAUGAUACCAUCGAGUCCUUGCAGGCAUUUAUGGACGCCGGGUCCAGUGAAUCCAAAAUUGAGGAAGAUGACGAAGCUUAUGAAAAGGCCGUCCUCGCCCAGCUCCAAAAUUCCAGCUCAAAAGAAAAUGACGUGGUCAACAUGGAUUCAUUGAAUAUUAAGCUCAACUCUUUAAUGAGACAUAUUGACGAAGUCAAGAAAGGGCUUGACGGUCUGGAAGGCCAUGUUACCCGAGACACCGCAAUUGUUUCGCAAGCAAGCUCUUUAUCCAAGAAGAACCCGCAGUCAUCACACUUGCACACAGGCGAAUCUUGCAAAGGCUGCGGCACGCACUCAGAUGGACGAGUCUACGCCGCGAUACCUCUUCCUCGGUUGUGGAACCGGAGCGCGCGAUCCCAACGCCUUCGGCCGACCAAGCUCGGCUGGUUCAUCAUUAUCUCACUCUCGUGGUACAUCAUCGAAUGUCUGAUGUGGGACCAGUAUAGUCAUCCCGAGAUAUCCGAAAGCUGCGAAGGCUACUGCCUGCAGCCCGAUGCGCCUUUGUACCCUUGGGUAACCGUCACAAUGUUGUGGCGCUGGUCACAUCUGUCGACUAUUUUCACGCCCAUUUUCGCUAUCUGUGUUGCUUUCUCUCGACUAGUGGCACAGUUGAUGGGUCUUUCGGAUGGCUACGUGGAUGAUGCGCCGGAGCUUGGAAAUAUAGUUGGCGAGAUCCGCAUCAACGGAACGCCAGUUGCGUUCCCUUGGCUCUCAGCCCCCACAGCUGAAAACAUUGUGCCUCAGCCACAACAAGUUCACUAUACACAGCAGCCUAUGCAACCAGUGGAGCCUGUCUGGUCAGCUCGGAACCCGCCCCCGCAGAGGUGGGACAGUGACCAGCUGUCGGCUGAGGAUGCAAUGGACGAUGAUGAAUAUCUUUAG